UAAACACUGUGGUUUUAGCAUUUUUUCCUCCGUUAAACCUGGAACCUUCUCGUUGAGUUGAUAAAAGCUGCUCCGGAUUGAUUACUUUUGUCUGUUACGUCUGAAAUAGCAGGAAAGACGCGUCCUGGUAGCAGCAUGUUAACAACUAACUGAACCCUGCUUUGUUUUUGUUACUUUACAUAUUCACUCAUCCACCACCCGUCCGCGUGCAGCCAUGCUGCCUCUGAAGGACGGAGACAAACCCGUCGUCCACAAGCUGCUGUCGUCCGGCUGCUGCGCCCGCUGCGUCCUCCGGUUCUGCUGCGUGAGCGUCCAGGCCGCCUACAGGAAGCCGCCUCAGGAGACACUCGAGGAGCUCCGAGUGUUCAUCAGCAACACGGAGAACGGAAAGUCCCGGCAAUCGGCGACCCAUCCCGCGGCGGGAAGCCCCGAGUCCCAGAAUGCAGCGGGGUCGGACCCGCCCGGCGGGCCCCCGAUUAAACGGGUGAAGCUGGAGCCCGCUGAGCCGGGCGCCGCCGCCGCAGAGGGAGACGCCGCCGCUGAGGUCAAAGUGGAGGAAGAGGAGUCCGGCGUGUGUGUGGCGUGUUUGGGGAUCCUCCAGGAACUCAGUGGCCCCAAUCAGGCCGUGAAGAUCGCAGAGAGAGUCAAGGAGGGAGAGUACGAGUUCGACACCCUGGUGCUGUCGGUGUCUCUGCCCGCUCAGCUGUGUGUGCGCGAGCACUCCUGUUGGCUCCACGUGAAGAAGGAAUUGAGAGAGAAGAGUUCGGCGCUCGGCAAGGACGACGUCGUCCCGGUGAAGGAGGCCUUCAAGUGGAUCAUGCAGGGCCUGGUCGCCAAGGAGCUGGGGGGCGUUGCCGUGGUGAUCAGGAGUUUGUUCGAGGUCAGUGUGGAGUUCACUCACCCGGAGACGGAGGCCGACUGCCACUUCCUAGCGUCGACGUGCGGCGACUGCUUCAAGCCCACCAAGAACAAACAGUCGGUGUUCACCAGGAUGGCUGUGGUCAAAGCCCUGGAGAAGAUAUCCGACGCCGUCUUCCUGAAACACUACGCGUUCCCGCCGCCGCGGCCGAGCAGCAGCUGCGUCCCCCGGGACGUCCAGUGUCUCCACGCGUCCGUCUUCAUCGCAGGGCGGUACAACAAGUUCUGCCGCAGUCUGCCGCAGACGCCGUGGCUGAUCGACGGCGAGAGGAGGAUGGAGUCGUCGGUGGAGGAGCUGAUCGCCGCGCCCGUCCUCUCGUCCUUCAGAGCCGCCGGGUUCAACUUCUCCUCGUCGGGGCGCGAGGACGUGGACGUCCGGACGCUCGGGAACGGUCGUCCGUUCGCGAUGGAGCUGCUGAAUCCUCACCGGUCCAAACUGAGCCGAGAGGAGAUGAAGCAGCUGCAGGAGACCAUCAACGAGUCUUCGGAUAAAAUCCGGGUGAGAGACCUGCAGAUCGUGUCCAGGGAGGCCAUGGGCCGCAUGAAGGAGGGCGAGGAGGCCAAAACCAAGUCCUACACGGCGCUCGUGUGGACCCAGAAGGCCAUCCAGAGCCAAGACAUCGCCUUCAUCGACGGCAUCAAGGACCUGACUCUGGACCAGAAGACCCCCCUGAGGGUUCUGCACCGGCGGGCGCUGGCGGUCCGUCAGCGAGUCGUCCACCGCAUGAACACGCGCUACCUGGACCCCCACCACUUCCACCUGGAGCUGAAGACGCAGGCCGGGACCUACAUCAAGGAGUUCGUCCACGGAGACUUCGGCCGCACCAAACCCAACAUGAGCGCGCUGCUGAAGAUGGACACGGACAUCCUGGAGCUGGACGUGGAGUCUGUGGAUGUGGACUGGCCUCCGUCCAUUCCGGAGUGAGCGCCUCUCCGUCGCCUCAUGACGGAGGAGGGGCGGGGCGGGGGGGGGGGCUGUGAGGACGCCCCGCUGGAAGCUUCGUGAUCAAACCUGGCAGGCUUUCUCCUAGUUGUGUGACGGAGACGAAUGCUCCUCCCUCUGGGGUGCUUAUUUCUGUUGAAAGGUCAUGAUGCCUGUACGGUGGCCUUAGUGGGACGUCUCGGACCCUCAGCUGGACGUCUACCGGCACGCUGAUCGAACCCCAUUUGUCACGGCGUUCGUCUUUAGGGGGAACCGGAGUUUAUUCUCGGUAUGCAAGUGUCUUCUGAUAGCGUGAGAUAUUUGCUGAGGGUGAAGCCGACGCUUUAAUUGAAUCAUUUUACCUCAGGAGUUAUUUUUUUUAUUAGGUUAAACCCCCCCUGGCGGUGUGCAUGUAGUGCUGAGUCACACGGGCGUGUGGCAUCAGGAACAAAGCACACGUCAAGUGUCGGCUGAAUGGAGCAUUUUCCCCGUUUGUGGCUGCAAAUCCCGAACUGAUCUAUUUUUGUUUUGUGGACGUUGAUCCUGAUUCAAACAAAUUAAAUGUAAAGUUCUUUUGCAGUGGAUCAACAGGUUGACUCAUUUUGUUCAUUGAAUAUAAAAUCGGUCACUAAUAACAAUCCAAGUUGAGGUAUCGCGGAGAAUACUGCAUGUGAAACGUGUACAGGUUGUAUGUUUGUAAAUGUGGACCGUCAACCUUUUUUUGUUUUCCUUCAAUCUGAAUCUCGAUGAAUAAACCACCAGGUUGAUUUCAAUUCUUCAAUAAAAACAGUCGACAGCAGAAGCCCUGAAAUGUAUUUCUUUUAAUUUAAUUCAAAAUAAAUACCACGGCAACGCAAGUCCACUACUGAGUUCUUGCCCUAAUGUUUUGGUAAGAAAACAAACAAGCAAAAAAAAAAAAAAAAAGACUUCAGUUAAUGCAUCCAUCA